AUGCGUUUUCUAUUUGACCAUUACAAGCAUAAACUCAGAAUUCAUGGUAGUUCUCCCAUUGUGAUUCAGGAAGAUGAGCAAGAACCUAGUGGAAGUGGGGAUGGUAAGAAGAAAGGGAAGAUUUGGGGUGAUUUCAGGAAAAUGAAAAGAGAUGCCAUUCUGAAAGGAAUCAGAAAAAGUUCAAAAUAUGAGUUUGAUAGGUACCUUGAGGAGGAGGAGGAUGAUGAAGUGGUUACACGAGCAUUGGUGGGUUCAGAAGAGGAUGAAUACAAGUUUGACAUCUUGGGAUGGUGGUCGCGAAAUUGGAUAAGAUCUUCAGACUCCGAGUUGGUGGCUGAUGGAGAAGAUGAGGGUGAUGAAGUGGUAUUUCAAAAUGUAUAUGCAGCUUUUCAAGCUCGGAGUUCAAGUGCACCUGCAGGACCUAGUGGAAGCUCUCGUGCAGAAACUAGUGGAAGCUUUCCUGCUACCCAUGUUUUGGUCUCGAGUCCUACUAUGUCACAAGUGGAAGAAGACUAUGUCGACGACAAUUCUGAUGAGAAUGAUGAGACUUAUGUGGAUGUAGAGCCUGAUGAGGAGUGA